UUCCCGCUCGCCGGCCUCGGAGGCGGCGGGUCCGGCGCGGGCGCAGCGGUGCGGGCGCUCGGCUGGGGCGCGGGGCGGGGACGCGGCCGCCGCCCGCUUUGCGCCGCUCCUCCCUGCGCGAGUGGCGCUGCCCCCGGCGUCUAGCCGGCCAUGGCGACCCGGAGCCCGCUCCCCACCCACCCCGCCUGCUCCGCCCUCCCCUCCGCCCCGCGCCACCUUUGAUGGCUCGGACCUCGGCCGGCCACCGCCAGCCCCGCUCGCGCGCCCGCGCCGCCGCCGCCGCCGCCCGCGGGUAUUAAUAGCCGGCGCCGCCGCGCCCUCGGCCGCCGGAGGCUUGGGAGCCGCUGAGCCCGGAGCCCGAGCCGGGAGAGGGAGCCGCCGCAGCCGCCGGCGCUGUGGAGAUAUUCUCUAAGCCACUUUCAUCAUGGGAGAAAUAGAGCAGAGGCCAACCCCAGGAUCACGACUGGGGGCCCCGGAAAAUUCGGGGAUCAGUACCUUGGAACGUGGACAGAAGCCGCCCCCAACGCCUUCAGGAAAACUCGUGUCCAUCAAAAUCCAGAUGCUGGAUGACACCCAGGAGGCAUUUGAAGUUCCACAAAGAGCUCCUGGGAAGGUGCUGCUGGAUGCAGUUUGCAACCACCUCAACCUCGUGGAAGGUGACUAUUUUGGCCUCGAGUUUCCUGAUCACAAAAAGAUCACGGUGUGGCUGGAUCUCCUAAAACCCAUUGUGAAACAGAUUAGAAGGCCAAAGCAUGUUGUUGUUAAGUUUGUGGUGAAAUUCUUUCCGCCUGACCACACACAACUCCAAGAAGAACUCACAAGGUACCUGUUCGCGCUGCAGGUGAAGCAGGACUUGGCUCAAGGCAGGCUGACGUGUAAUGACUCCAGCGCAGCUCUCUUGAUUUCACACAUUGUGCAAUCUGAGAUUGGGGAUUUUGAUGAAGCCUUGGACAGAGAGCACUUAGCAAAAAAUAAAUACAUACCUCAGCAAGACGCACUAGAGGACAAAAUCGUGGAAUUUCACCAUAACCACAUUGGACAAACACCAGCAGAAUCAGAUUUCCAGCUCCUAGAGAUUGCCCGUCGGCUCGAGAUGUAUGGAAUCCGGUUGCACCCGGCCAAGGACAGGGAAGGCACGAAGAUCAAUCUGGCCGUUGCCAACACGGGAAUUCUAGUGUUUCAGGGUUUCACUAAGAUCAAUGCCUUCAACUGGGCCAAGGUGCGGAAGCUGAGCUUCAAGAGGAAACGCUUUCUCAUCAAGCUCCGGCCAGAUGCCAAUAGUGCGUACCAGGAUACCUUGGAAUUCCUGAUGGCCAGUCGGGAUUUCUGCAAGUCCUUCUGGAAAAUCUGCGUUGAACAUCAUGCCUUCUUUAGACUUUUUGAAGAGCCCAAACCAAAGCCCAAGCCCGUCCUCUUUAGCCGGGGGUCAUCAUUUCGGUUCAGUGGUCGGACUCAGAAGCAGGUUCUCGACUAUGUUAAAGAAGGAGGACAUAAGAAGGUGCAGUUUGAAAGGAAGCACAGCAAGAUUCAUUCUGUCCGGAGCCUUGCUUCACAGCCCACAGAACUGAAUUCGGAAGUGCCGGAGCAGUCUCAGCAGAGCGCCAGCCUUACAUUUGGAGAAGGUGCCGAAUCUCCAGCGGGCCAGAGCUGCCAGCAAGGAAAGGAACCGAAGGUUUCCCCCGGGGAGCCGGGGUCGCGCCCGAGCCCUGCGCCGAGAAGCCCCGCGGGUAACAAGCAGGUGGACGGAGCCGCCUCGGCGCCCACAGAGGAAGAGGAGGAGGUCGUUAAGGAUAGGACCCAGCAGAGUAAACCUCAGCCCCCGCAGCCAAGCACAGGCUCCCUGACUGGCAGCCCUCACCUUUCCGAGCUGUCUGUGAACUCGCAGGGGGGAGUGGCCCCUGCCCACGUGACCUUGUCUCCCAACCUGAGCCCGGACACCAAGCAGACCUCUCCCUUGAUCAGCCCACUGCUGAAUGACCAGGCCUGCCCCAGGACGGACGAUGAGGAUGAGGGCCGCAGGAAGAGAUUCCCAACUGAUAAAGCAUACUUCAUAGCUAAGGAAGUGUCUACCACCGAGCGAACGUAUCUGAAGGAUCUCGAAGUUAUCACUUCGUGGUUUCAGAGCACGGUGAGCAAGGAGGACGCCAUGCCAGAAACGCUGAAAAGUCUCAUAUUCCCGAAUUUUGAACCUUUGCACAAAUUUCAUACCAAUUUUCUCAAGGAAGUUGAGCAACGACUUGCCCUGUGGGAAGGCCGCUCGAAUGCCCAAAUCAGAGAUUACCAAAGAAUCGGCGAUGUCAUGCUGAAGAACAUUCAGGGCAUGAAGGAGUUCAUCCGCCUGGGCAGCCUCAGCAAGCUCUCGGGGAAGGGGCUCCAACAGCGCAUGUUCUUCCUGUUCAACGACGUCCUGCUGUACACAAGCCGGGGGCUGACGGCCUCCAAUCAGUUUAAAGUCCACGGGCAGCUCCCGCUCUAUGGCAUGACGAUUGAGGAGAGCGAAGACGAGUGGGGGGUGCCCCACUGCCUGACCCUCCGGGGCCAGCGGCAGUCCAUCAUCGUGGCCGCCAGUUCUCGGUCUGAGAUGGAGAAGUGGGUUGAGGACAUCCAGAUGGCCAUUGACCUGGCGGAGAAGAGCAGCAGCCCCGCCCCCGAGUUCCUGGCCAGCAGCCCCCCUGACAACAAGUCCCCUGAUGAAGCCACCGCGGCUGACCAGGAGUCAGAGGAUGACCUGAGCGCCUCGCGCACGUCGCUGGAGCGCCAGGCCCCGCACCGUGGCAACACAAUGGUGCACGUGUGCUGGCACCGCAACACGAGCGUCUCCAUGGUGGACUUCAGCAUCGCAGUGGAGAAUCAGUUGUCUGGGAACCUGCUGAGGAAAUUCAAAAACAGCAAUGGGUGGCAGAAGCUGUGGGUGGUGUUCACAAACUUCUGCCUGUUCUUCUACAAGUCACACCAGGACAAUCAUCCCCUCGCCAGCCUGCCUCUGCUCGGCUACUCGCUCACCAUCCCCUCCGAGUCCGAGAACAUCCACAAAGACUACGUGUUCAAGCUGCACUUCAAGUCCCACGUCUACUACUUCAGGGCGGAAAGCGAGUACACGUUCGAAAGGUGGAUGGAAGUGAUCCGCAGUGCCACCAGCUCUGCCUCGCGGGCCCACGUGUUGAGUCACAAAGAGUCUCUCGUGUAUUGAUGGCCGGACACACUCGUUUCCGCAGUGGCUGCUCUCCUGGAAGACGUUUUCUUUCUUCUGUAUUAAUGAAGCCUGGUAAAAUUAACACCUGUCUGAAAAUCAAAAACAUGGCUUCCCAGCAGCUCUCCUGUCUCCACAGCCGCGUUUUUCAACCCCUUCCUCCCAGCAUCUGAAUGAACAGCGCUCCCACCUCCAGUCCUGGCAUCCGCUGGGGGCGCUGUUCUUUAGCUAGUGCCAGUAUUAAAACAUUGUCAUUAAGAGAGUGCCAAAUGACAUCUUCCCUCCACCCUGCCCCUGAAAAACACACACACAUCCGUUCAACACAAGACAGGGCAAGUGUUUUUUGGUUUUUUUUCCCCUAAAAAAAGAAACUUUUGUUAUUUUCACCUAUUGGCUGCUGCAUUUUACAAAGUGGAUUUCCUGGUGUUUCCAAUACACUCGGUGCAGCCUUAAGCAAAUGAGAUCAUUUUCAGAUUUCGUUUUUUCAGUCUUUCUACUUUUGUAAUAAUAGGAAGUUAGUAGAACUCACUUCUCUGAUUACUAAGCAAUUUGCAGCACAUCGCGUUCCACUGCGGGGUUUCACGCUCACCUGAAAACACCCGUUCCCGACCAACUUCUUGGUGCAAGUUGACCAAAUCGUUUUAAGUGGUAACUCUUUCCAAACCGUAGCAGGGUUGUUUUCUGUUAAGAGAAGCCGAGAUCCAGUGCAAUACCUGGACUGUCACCGUCCUGUGAGUGGUGUACACAAUGGGAAGAUAAGCCGUGGUGUUUUGCUGUGUGUGUCACAAGCAUGAAAACCUGUAUGUCAUUGAUCAGGGCCAUUUGUGGUAUGUUCCGUGAUGAGCGUUUAGUGAGCGUGCUGGCUGCAGAGCACUAUGAAAUCAUGGUACGUAGUCCCCGGCACCUGUCGUUAUUCCUAUAUCCUCCUGCAACUGUGGUUUGAAACUGCGCAUUCUCUAGUAGUAUAUAUCGUGCCUGUCUUCAAAAACAUUUACCUUUUUAUACUCAUUCCCCCCAGGCAUGGGGUAGUGUCAGACUGCACAGGGAACGUGGUUUCCAACGGUUCAGGCCCCCACUCGGGAAACAUCUGUCUGUUCUCGACGGUGAUGGGGUGGCUGCCAUUCCCUUGGUUUUCCUAAGCCCUUUCCAACGAGAGUCUCAAGCUGAGGCAACGGCCGAUUCAACCCAGUUCCUUCCAGUGCCCCGCACCAUGGCACCUGCCCACCUGAGAACCAGGAGCACGCCCUCUCUGUGGAGCUUGGACUGGUGUACCUGGAAACGGCAACUUGCAAACAAAGAGCCUGACGUGUGUUAAUCAUUUGCCUUACAAGAUGUACCAGACGGUUUCCAGUACUAACAAAGGGAAUAAAAAUACCUCACGCCACAAUCCAACAUAUUGACGUUUUAAGGCAAAACAAC